GUGCUUUUGCCCCGGGCGUCGUAACUCGUAACCCCGCGCCCGUCCCUGGUAGUUUCCGCUGGCAACCAAUCGUGGUGGACGUCGCCUCCCUCACUCUUGCUCUCCACACCUCCAGCUUGUCUCGCCAUCUCUGCCCGAGGUCCCCAGUCGGUAUCUCUUCAAUAUCACCGAGCCGUCUUUCUCCUCAUGAUAUGAGCCUUGUUUCUGCUCUCUCUGCUGCUCGACAGGCUUCCUUGCGCCCGAGAACCAUCCAGUCUCUCCUCUUUGCCAAAUCAGCCCUUGUCCUGACGUCAUCUUUUCCCCUCAGUCGCAUCUCGGCCCGGGCAAUGUCACAGGAAUACAAGCUCAAAUCGGUCACAUCGCUGGACCUUAAGCCGGGCGACAAGCAGGAGGUUGAAGUUGAGGGCAUUCCCGAUGCGAAAGUGCUGCUGGUGAAUGCCGGGGGCAAAGUUCAGGCCAUUGGGCCCAAGUGCACCCACUAUGGCGCGCCGCUGGUCAAGGGUGUCCUAACAACAGAAGGCCGCCUCACCUGCCCUUGGCAUGGCGCCUGCUUCAACGCUAAGACGGGCGACGUCGAGGACGCGCCAGCACUCGACUCGCUGCCCACAUUCAAGGUUGUCGAGAGGGAUGGCGCCGUUUAUGUCACCGGAGAAGAGGCCACUAUCAAGGGCGGCCGCCGGAAGCCCAAGUUCCAAUGCGCCAGUAUCAAGCAGGACUUGGACAAAGUGCUCGUUGUCGGCGGUGGCUCUGGUGCCAUUGGCCUCGUCGAGGAGCUGCGCGAGCAGGGAUACCAGGGACCCAUCACGGUCGUUUCCAAGGAGGGAUACCUUCCCAUUGAUCGGCCGAAGCUCAGCAAGGCCCUUCUGACGGAUCUUUCCAAGCUCCAGUGGCGCGACCUUGAGUGGCUCAGAUCGGGCAACGUGGAGUUUGUGGAGGAUGAGGUCACGGCUAUCGACUUCUCAGGCAAGAACGCCUCGACCAAGAACGGCCAGACGCUUCCCUACGGCAAGCUUGUGCUUGCAACUGGUGGGACGCCCCGCACUCUACCACUUCCAGGCUUCAAAGUUUUGGGCAACGUCUUCACGCUGCGUACCGUGCACGACGUCCGCAAGAUUGUCGAUGCCAUCGGCCCCAAGGGAAAGAAGAUUGUCGUCAUCGGAUCCUCCUUCAUCGGUAUGGAGGUUGCCAACGCAACAUCCAAGGAAAAUACCGUUACCGUUGUUGGCAUGGAGAAAGUGCCACUCGAGCGCGUUCUCGGCGAGAAGAUUGGCGCUGCCGCCCAAAAAGGCCUCGAGGCGAACGGUGCCAAGUUCUACAUGUCAGCAGGCGUUGAGAAGGCGGAGCCGUCAGCUUCUGACCCGGCCAUGGUCGGCUCCGUCAUACUCAAGGACGGCACUUCGCUGUCUGCCGAUCUGGUGAUUCUCGGCGUUGGCGUGGCGCCUGCGACCGAGUUCCUCAAGGGCAAUGCUGGCGUCCAGCUGCUCCAGGAUGGAUCGCUUGAAGUCGACGAGCUGUUUGCGGUCAAGGGUGUCAAAGACGUGUACGCGCUUGGCGACAUCGCCACUUUCCCUUACCAUGGCCCCGCUGCUGGAGGAAAGGGAGUGAGGAUCGAGCAUUGGAAUGUGGCGCAAAAGUCGGGCCGGACUGCAGCGCGACACAUUGUCAACCCGAGCCUCAAGGCCGAGUUCUUCACACCGAUUUUCUGGUCCGCCCUCUCUGCUCAGGUGCGCUACUGUGGCAACACCAUGGCAAGUGGCUGGGACGAUCUCGUGAUUCAGGGCAACGUCGACGAAGGCAAGUGGUCGGCCUUUUACGCCAAGGGUGAGGAUAUCGUGGCCGUCGCAACGAUGGGCACCGAUCCCGUUAUGGUGCAGAGUGCCGAGCUUCUCAGACUAGGCAAGAUGCCCAAAAAGAGCCAACUGGAGAAGGGCUUUGAUGUCAUGAGCCUGGGUGCGCCGGAGUAAGCCUGGAUGGGGAGAACAGGCCAGAGAAUGGUUGGGAUUCUUGGGCGCCGUUCCAACGAAUACAUUUCUCGCCAUCUGUGCGCAAGUGUUCCGAGUUUAACUAUAACAAACGCAAGCCAGCCCAAGCCACGUAAGGCCGCAUGACGGAACUACAUGUUACUUUCUCUUCCAUUUCCUUCCCUGGUCGGGUGCCACUAUCGUGGCUUAAAACGAUAGCCUUCUUGUGUCCGAAAGUUGGUAGAACGACAGAAUGGCUGACAGAUCCCAAACUAAAAAAAAAACUAUCGAGAUGACCACUCCAACUGCAUGUAUACAUAAAUAUGAUGGACACCACACCUACAACAGCAGUUUCACGUUUUGUUUUAUUCUCUUUACCCACGUUCUGUUCAUUCUCUCUCCACGUUCUG